AUGUUGAACGAAGCUGCCACCACGGCCGAAUACCGCGAUAUCGAACUUAGAUUAGUGACCGAUAGGAGACCUGGGUUUAAUCGUCUCAAACGUCUUUAUACAGACCUGGGUGGAGGAGGCCGCAGAUGGUCUGAGACUAGAUGCCGCCACCUUGCUUCCAAGGUCAGAACACUGACCAUCACCGGCAUUCUCAAGAAGUAUCGCGGUCGACCCGGCUACCCUUUUGUUUUGCGCAUCAUCCAAGACGCAGCCUUGAUCGAGUUGACAUCACUGCAUCUGGAAACAAGCCCGGGCUCGCUGCAAGCAUUUGGCCUUCAGCAACAAAAUGAACUGGGUCGCGCACUCGAACGUUUCCCAAAGCUUACUCACUUGAAGAUGGAAAACAUUGCCCUGCCCUUGGGAAACCUGAUCGAACUCAUCAUUCGGCCGGAAAUGGAAUCAAUCGUCGCCAAGCUUGUAACGUCAUAUCAUGACGACCCAUUGAUAACUGCACACACCAGUCGCCAUGCGAAUUGCCAGCACUCUCGGCGCCAGGAACCUUUGCCGCACCUGGACUUGGCCCAAUGCUCUCUCACUUAUCAUCAGAUAGCUGGGCUCUUGACCAUUGCGAACGGGGUGAAAAAGCUCAGAAUUAGCAUUCCCAGGCAGGGCCUGGCGGCUCGGACAGAUUAUCGCUGCGUUCCUUUUUGCCCGUUAGCAACGGUCCAUAACUGCCAUGUGUCGCUGGACCCGCGAGGUGCAGGAAUUUCCCUGGCAAGCGGGCAUGGGAGCAUUGAGGAGCUCGACAUGGUCGUCAUUGGCUACGAGGUCUGGAAAUCUGCAGUGCUUGGCGUUGCGCCAUUCGAUCACUUCACCGGGCUGCAUCACCACAACGGGACCGGCAUGGACUUUUCACUCUUCUCCAAGCUCCGAAAGAUCAGGAUCCCAGCAGAGUGCUUUUUUAGCCCGCACCAAAUGAAGAGGAGCAUUUCAGCAAUGCUGCCAAGACCCCUUGAGGAGCUCGAGAUCAUCUUCCGUACCGACGCUCACCGCAUAUCCAUUGAUAACCAUCCGCAUUGGCCCGAGUGCUACUACGGCUGGCUUGAAGAUAUCAUUAACGCCAAAACCGUGAAUUACCCGGCAUUGAAGGUAGUCAAGGCCGAAGAAUGGGUGGAUCACAGCGCAAGCAGAAUCGUCCCACUGGAAGUACCGCUCGGGUUAUUGUCCAACGCCCAGCUCAAUAACGUCCAGAUCUCGUUUCAGGGACGGUCCAGGGCCCUCGAUUGA